ACUCCUUUGGGUGUUCCCCGUGGCAUCUUGGAGUCUUUAUAGUUCCUUGAGGUCUAACAGUGUGGACAGGUAAACAACGGAAUUUAAAAUGAGAAGCAUGAUCAAAAGUGACAGAGAACAGAGAAAGUUUCAGCAUGAGAUGACAACUAAACAGCAACAAAAAAAACCCUGUUGUCGCAACAGCACGUGGGUUUGUGAGCAAUGCGGGAAUCUGUUUAAAACGGAAAAAAUAGGAGUGCUCAGUUAUUUUUAUGAGGAGUGGAGGAGUAACGGAGGUAGUGCUGUUUUAAUUUUAAGGCCAGAUAUUUGAGGAAGUGGAUUGCAGCAGUUGUUUCAUGUUUAAUUAUUUCUCAAGCUGCCGUUCAGCUGAAGAGAAGAACGAUAAAGCAGUGGUUGCUGCUGUUGUCUUGAGUGAGUUAUGCCACUCCUCUCUACGGGAUCUGAACCAGUGAAGACCUUUUUUACGCUGUUUUUUCCUGCACUGAUUUACAGUUUCUUCUCAUGACAAAUCUUUCAGAGGUGGCAGCACACAGAAAAUGGAACGUCAUGCAAAGAUGUCAAAUGCGCUGCUGACUGUCUUGCUCUUCUUAUUUCCAAUGCGGCUAUCAGGACAUUGGUUUCCCAAAACUUUACCCUGUGAUGUGGAAGCCUUUGAAGGUACUGUGAGAGUAGACUGCAGCGAUCGUCACCUCACGGAAGUCCCCAGAGGGAUCCCUGGAAACGCUACUAACCUGACCCUGACUAUUAACCGUAUCCCCCAUAUCUCUCCAGCAUCCUUUAUUCAGCUUGAAAACCUUGUGGAGAUUGACUUCAGAUGCAACUGCGUGCCUCCCAGACUGGGGCCCAAAGACAGUGUGUGCACCACACCACCAUCAAUUGAGAAUGGCAGUUUUGCCGCUCUGACAAGACUGAAGUCAUUGUAUUUGGAUGCAAACCAACUGUCAGAAAUACCCCAGGGUCUUCCUGCUAGUCUACGACUGCUGAGUCUGGAAGCAAACAAAAUUUUUUCUAUUAAAAAAAACACUUUUUCAGGGCUAAGAAAUAUAGAAUUACUGUAUCUGGGACAGAAUUGUUACUACCGUAAUCCGUGCAAUGUUUCUUUUGAAAUUGAAAAAACAGCCUUUCUGAAUCUGAAAAAUUUGACAGUACUCUCCCUGAAGUCUAACAACUUAACUUUUAUUCCACCCAACUUGUCUUCAACUUUAAAAGAAUUGUAUAUUUACAAUAACAGAAUUCAAGAGGUUCAGGAACAUGAUUUAAGUACCCUUCACAACCUAGAAAUUCUUGAUCUCAGUGGCAAUUGCCCACGUUGCUAUAAUGCCCCAUAUCCUUGUACUCCCUGCCCUAAUAUCUCAAUUAAUAUUCAUUCAAAGGCUUUUUAUUCCUUGAAAAAAUUAAGAAUUUUGAGGCUUCACAGUAACUCUCUUCGGAGUAUACCAAGCAGCUGGUUUAAAAACAUCAAGAAUCUCAAAGAUCUUGACCUCUCCCAAAACUUCCUCAUAAAGGAGAUUGGAGACGCUCAGUUUUUGAAGCUUAUCCCCAGUCUUGUAGAGCUGGAUCUGUCCUUUAAUUUUGAAUUGCAGAUGUAUUCUCCAUCCUUGAAUCUGUCUAAGACAUUUUCCUCCCUCUCUAACCUGGAAACCCUAAGAAUCAAGGGUUAUGUCUUUAAAGAACUGAGAGAAGGAAAUCUAGAUCCAUUACUCGGUCUUAGAAAUCUGACAGUGUUGGAUCUUGGGACUAAUUUUAUUAAAAUUGCUGACCUAAGAGUGUUCAAGAAAUUCCAAGCUCUCAAAAUCAUAGAUCUCUCAGUGAAUAAAAUUUCUCCUUCUUCAGGUGAAAGUAACUUUUAUGGAUUUUGCUCUGAUCCCAGGAUUACAGUAGAGCAAUACAGCAGGCAAGUUUUACAAGAGAUGCAUUACUUUAGGUAUGAUGAGUAUGGUCGAAGUUGCAAGUCCAAAGACAAAGAGGCUGAUUCCUACCAACCUUCGGUCAAUGAAGAUUGCAUGAAUUAUGGAAAAACUCUAGAUUUAAGCAGAAACAACAUAUUUUUUGUUAACUCCGUAGACUUCCAGGAUCUUAGUUUCCUCAAAUGCCUCAACUUGUCAGGUAAUGCCAUAAGUCAAACUUUAAAUGGAAGCGAAUUCUGCUACCUGUCUGGAUUGAAAUAUCUGGAUUUUUCUAACAACAGGAUUGAUUUGCUAUACUCAACUGCUUUCAAAGAGCUGAAAUUUUUAGAAAUUCUAGAUCUGAGCAAUAACAAACAUUACUUUCUGGCAGAAGGUGUUAGUCAUGUGCUUAGUUUUAUGAAAAACUUGGCCUAUCUGAAGAAGCUGAUGAUGAAUGAGAAUGAGAUUUCUACCUCUAUUAGCAUGGGGAUGGAAAGUCAAUCUCUUAAAACUUUAGAAUUUCGGGGAAAUCGUUUAGAUAUUUUUUGGUCAGAUGGGAAGACUGAAUAUCUGUCAUUCUUCAAGAAUCUGACCAAACUGGAACAACUGGAUAUUUCCUCUAACAUGCUCAGCUUUUUACCUCCUGAUGUUUUUUCAGCUAUGCCUCCAGAACUCAAGAUACUGAACUUAACCAGUAACCGGUUGAAGACAUUCAAUUGGGGAAAACUCUACUUAUUGAACAGGCUAAUAACUCUGGACCUCAGCAAUAACCUUCUGACUACUGUUCCCCGAAAGCUGUCCAAUUGCACUUCAACUCUUCAAGAACUGAUACUCCGAAACAAUCGUAUUGCACGGAUAACCAAAUAUUUUCUCAGAGGUGCCAUUACGUUGUCAUACUUGGACCUCAGCUCAAACAAGAUCCAAAUAAUUAAGAAAUCUAGCUUCCCUGAAAAUAUCAUAAACAACCUGAGGAUGCUGCUUUUGCACAACAAUCCUUUCAAGUGCAACUGUGAUGCAGUAUGGUUUGUUGGGUGGAUCAAUCAGACUGACGUGACAAUUCCUCUUCUGGCCACAGAUGUGACCUGUGCUGGCCCAGGGGCACACAAAGGAAGGAGCUUGGUUUUCCUGGAUCUGAAUACCUGUGAGCUGGACACAUCCUAUUUGAUCAUGUAUGCUUUAUCAACUUCAGCUGUCCUAAGUUUAAUAACGUUUGCAGUUAUGAGUCACCUCUAUUUCUGGGAUGUGUGGUAUAGCUAUCAUUACUGCACUGCCAAGUUGAAAGGCUAUAGACGUUUACCUUUACCAGAUGCCUGCUAUGAUGCUUUUAUUGCCUAUGACAAUACUGAUCUGGCUGUGAAUGAAUGGGUGAUGACAGAAUUGGUUGAAAAGCUGGAAGAUCAAAAAGCCAGACAGUUCAAUUUAUGCUUGGAAGAAAGAGACUGGCUUCCAGGACAGCCAGUCUUUGACAACCUUUCCCAGAGUAUUCAACUGAGCAAAAAGACCAUAUUUGUGCUGACCAACAAGUAUAUUAAAAGUGGCACUUUCAAGACAACAUUUUACAUGGCCCACCAACGACUUCUAGAUGAAAAAAUUGAUGUGAUUAUCUUGAUAUUUCUUGAGAAAGUAUUACAGAAGUCCCGAUAUGUUCGGCUGAGGAAGAGGCUGUGCAGAAGUUCUGUUCUGGAAUGGCCAACUAACCCUCGAUCUCAGCCUUACUUCUGGCAGUGUCUGAAAAAUGCCAUAGCUGUGAACAAUACCCUGGCUUACAACAAACUUCUCCAGGAGACUGUUUAGCUUUACUGCUCCCUGUAAAAUACUGUUACUGUGUGUGGUGAGGAAAAGAUACUGAACUUGCUAUGGAGAAAAUGUGAAAGUGGAGAGGAUAAAUGUAAUUGUGAUAUGAUUCUCAAAAAUGAAAUGCACAAUCUGUUCCAAAGAUAAUAAUUCAAUUGUUUCGCUAUGACAACAUUAAAUAUAAACUGUUGCCAGCACAGAUGUUUAGCUGAUGCACACUCAUUUAACAUUUGCAGCAAGAGAAGAUGCAACAGAGUCACCACUCCCUGUUUCAGUUCACUGGAGAACAUCUGACAUCACCUGGCUGGGUCAAGUAUGAGUGAGACAAUUGAUCAGCUCCAUCUAGUUCCCAAAAUGCUAGGAGGAGUUCAGUCAUGCUUGAGAUUGCUGCUGUUUGGAUCACUGUUGGAGUAAAUGUAAUUUUAAUAGAAAAAUAUUGUUAAUGCAUUUGUGUGUAUUUAUGAAAACAGGAAAAAACACAAAAUGUUGAUUUCAGAAAAUACUUUAGGUGAAUUUCAUGUUUAGGAGUUGGGGAAAUGUAUGCAUGAUUAACUCUGCAACUCAGGCUUCCAUCUGCUGAGCCUACCAGUUCUGCUUGACAGGGCAACAGCGCUAGCCACUGGGGAGAUGAUAUGCUGGUGGGACUUAUGGCAGAAGCUUGGAUGAGGUAUGGGAGAUCUCCCACCUCCCACUGCUGCAUUGUCACAAAGAUUGUAAAUCAGAAAAGAUUUUGAAGAACUUGCAUGUACCAAAAUGGGAAAGUGUGAGAGAAGAGAAACAAGUCAGAAGAGCUUGCAAGCUGUGGAUCAGGAGGAAUUACAAGGUAAAGGGAGUCUUUGCAUGGAGCUGGCACAUGGGAGUGAAAAGAAAGGCAGGACAGCAAGCAGAUAGACUGAGAGGGAAGGAAAAAAAAAAAAAAAGAAAAAAAGAAAGAAAACAAAGAAAAGGAGAGAAAAGAAAGAAAGAAAGAAGGAAAGAA